UCUCUCUCUCUCUCUUGAUAGUUGAUAAUAAAAACAAGGACUCUCUUUUGUCCAAGCACUAUGGUGGAAGUGGAAGUAGUACUGGAGCAGUGCCCGUCCCCGCCGCCGUUGAUUUCGAAGAAGCUGAGCAACGCGGUCCGUCUGAUCAUCUUCAUGAUCCAGAAGAGAUCACGGAAGCUGGCGAUGCCGGAUCUGCAGGUGAUGGUCCGACGUGGCAAGAUCCUAGGGAAGUCCUUCAACGACCUUAUGCUCCGCCACAACACCGCCCUCGGCUGCACCUCCCACGACGUCCGCAUGUCCUUCGUCUCCCCCCGGGAGUACGAGUUCAGCUGCAGCUCAUCCCCACCGCACCGACGCUACUCCUCCUGCCACGUCACCAAGCGCAAGCAUGAUAAUAAUUAUUAUAAUAAUUACAUGAAGCACUCCCGUAGGGGUCACGGCCAUGGUCACGGUCACGGUAACCGUAUCAUUCCCCAACCACCCCCCGCAUUCGACGAAGACGACGUCGUUCUCCCGGUGGGGUCGUUCAAGAUGUUUAAUCGUCGUACUACAGAGGUUGAGUCUCCGCUGAGGACGCCGGUUUCCGGUUCGUCGUCAAGGUGGAUCAAAACGACGACGAAGGAGUCGUCGUCGUUUAGAUCAGGUGGUAGUUGUUGUGCUGAUGAGGAGGAGGAGGAGUUCCACGUUGACAAGGCGGCGGAGGAGUUCAUCGAGAAGUUUUACAGGGAGUUGAUGAUGCAGAAGUGGACGGCGCGUGAGCCGUCGGAUCGGUUCGCGUGAUCCACGCGCCUCCGAUGGGACCGCGCGUGGGAAUUUUUAAUGUUAGGGUUAACGAUUAUAAGUGAAAUGAAACGAUGAAUACCUGCUUGCUUUUGUUGUCUGUUGAUGUACAGUCAGUAGUGAAACUAUCAAUGCAGUUUUACCGUCAAGGUUUUUUCUCUCUUUUUUUUUUCUUUUUAAAUGGAAGUUUGUUUUUAUUUUCUAUUCUUCU